AUGGAGGUGGGACAGAUGGAGGUGGGACAGAUGGUGGUCGAACAGAUGGAGGUGGAACAGAUGGAGGUAGGACAGAUGGAGAUGGAACAGAUGGUGGUCGAACAGAUGGAGAUGGGACAGAUGGAGGUGAGACAGAUGGAGGUGGGACAGAUGGAGGUCGAACAGAUGGAGAUGGGACAGAUGGAGAUGGGACAGAUGGAGGUGGGACAGAUGGAGAUGGGACAGAUGGAGGUGGGACAGAUGGAGAUGGGAAAGAUGGAGGUGGAACAGAUUGAGUUGGGACAGAUGAAAGUGGGACAGAUGGAGAUGGAACAGAUGAAGGUGGGACAGAUGGAGAUGGAACAGAUGGUGGUCGAACAGAUGGAGAUGGAACAGAUGGAGGUAGGACAGAUGGAGAUGGAACAGAUGGUGGUCGAACAGAUGGAGGUGGAACAGAUGGAGGUAGGACAGAUGGAGAUGGAACAGAUGGUGGUCGAACAGAUGGAGAUGGGACAGAUGGAGGUGGGACAGAUGGAGAUGGGACAGAUGGAGGUGGAACAGAUGGAGGUGGGACAGAUGGAGAUGGGACAGAUGGAGAUGGGACAGAUGGUGGUCGAACAGAUGGAGAUGGGACAGAUGGUCGUGGGACAGAUGGAGAUGGGACAGAUGGAGAUGGAACAGAUGGUGGAGGAACAGAUGGAGGUGGGACAGAUGGAGAUGGGACAGAUGGAGGUGGAACAGAUGGAGGUGGGACAGAUGGAGAUGGAACAGAUGGAGGUGGAACAGAUGGAGAUGGAACAGAUGGUGGUCGAACAGAUGGAGAUGGGACAGAUGGAGGUGGGACAGAUGGAGAUGGGACAGAUGGAGGUGGAACAGAUGGAGGUGGGACAGAUGGAGAUGGGACAGAUGGAGAUGGGACAGAUGGUGGUCGAACAGAUGGAGAUGGGACAGAUGGUCGUGGGACAGAUGGAGAUGGGACAGAUGGAGAUGGAACAGAUGGUGGAGGAACAGAUGGAGGUGGGACAGAUGGAGAUGGGACAGAUGGAGGUGGAACAGAUGGAGGUGGGACAGAUGGAGAUGGAACAGAUGGUGGUGGGACAGAUGGAGGUGGGACAGAUGGAGGUGGGACAGAUGGAGGUGGAACAGAUGGUGGUGGAACAGAUGGUGGUCGAACAGAUGGAGGUGGGACAGAUGGAGAUGGGACAGAUGGAGAUGGAACAGAUGGAGGUGGGACAGAUGGAGAUGGAACAGAUUGAGAUGGAACAGAUGGAGAUGGAACAGAUGGAGGUGGGACAGAUGGAGAUGGAACAGAUGGAGAUGGGACAGAUGUGGUGGAACAGAUGGAGAUGGAACAGAUGGAGAUGGGACAGAUGA